CAAAAACACAAAGACCAUCAAAUUGCUCUGCAGUUAUGGCGGGAAAAUCCUCCCUCGCUACACUGAUGGCACUCUUCGUUACGCCGGUGGCCUGACAUGGGUCCUCACCAUCGAUCGCUCUAUUUCUUUCACAGGUUUGUGUGCUCUUCCAUUUUCAUAUUCGAUUUUUGUGAAUUCGUUUGGUUUUUUGUGAAUAAUUAAUCAAAAUUUUUUUUUUCUUGUUGUUCUUAUUGAGUUAAUGGUGAAGCUCGGAGAGUUCUGUGGCUCAUCGGUGAAUCUUCGGUGUCAAUUGCUGAUCGGCGACUUGGAAACCCUAAUUUCUAUCACGUCUGACGAUAGGUUGAGGCGCAAUGGUCGACGAUCCUAUCUCCGACGAGGACCUGCCGUUGAUAGUCAGAGCUUUCUCCUCCGCCCUUUUGUCCGAUUACAGCUUUCUCAACGUACUAUUUCAGGGUCAUUAUUAAAGUAUCUCUCAAAGUUGCAGGUUGAUGAAGAGCCAGCAAUCAGAACAAAUACUACCAUUUUACUUGGGAAUAUUGCAAGUCACCUAAAUGAAGGGGGAUCAUGGCUCUAUGAGCCACCAAUGCUUAUUAUGACGUCACUGAGAUUGCAACUCGGAUUCUACCGAAUGUCGUUGUACUUACCAUUGAUCCUGACAGGCUCUCGCUUGAUGAACGGUUCAUGAACUUAUUCUUCUGUCUCUCAAGAUUCUGCUUUUUAGGGUGGUUGUUCCUACGCCGGGUUUAAGCCCCAAUAGCGAGUUUGAUUAAACUAGUGGCCCUAUAAAGUUUGUUCUUACAUAUGAAAUAAUGGCUCAAGUUAUAUUUUAAUGGAUCAUUUGAUCACAUGAAUAUUGAUGCUACCAGGUACCAUCCCUUUCUUUCUUAAUAAGUUAAUAUAUUAAUAUAUUAAGAUACUUAUCCCCUGUCCCACAUAUAUUACUGCACCUUUAAAUAGUGGUACCUUCUAUUGAAAUAAAUAUUUGGUUGAUGUAGGUAAUGAUCUAGUCUAUUUUAUAAAUUGUUGUCAAGAAAUUUUAAAGUUGAAAUUCGAUUGCAGUGUCCAAAAUUUGGAAAUUAUUGAGCCAUUUCAUUCAAACCUCAUUUGGAAGCUGUGUUAAUGCAAUUGCAUUGUUUUUCUUCUAGGUUUUGAAGAAAGACAUGGAUGUAUAUCAGCUCCAGUGGUAUGGUUAUUGUCUGUUUAGGGCCCUUGCAUGUUUGCAUAAGCAGGAUUUGCAAAGCAAGUACACUAUUGGAAGUAAGCUCUGCCAUUUUAAUCCUUAUAAGUUGUCCUACAUGAAUCUUUGUCCACUGUAUGAGUAAUUUCUCUUGUUGGCUACUUAGUUAUGUUC